AUGGAGCCGCCAUCGGAAUCAGUGCCUACGUGGUCAUGGUUCGCAAGCCCCAUCUACCUCCGCUGGGUGACCUAUUUUGCCGACGACCUGUACUCCGGGACGAGUCAGUUGUUGUUCUUUACCAAGUUAUCGCAGUUUAGGUGGUGUAAAUUGCCUAUCGAUCACGUCCCACCAACGGCUUAUCAUGACUUCGAUGGCUUACAGAUCACACUUGAGCUUGCAACGUACACUACUACAGUCCUGCCAUUCUGGUCACACGAUGCAAGGGAAAUGAACUGCGAAAGCCUAGGUACACAGUUAGCUUCUCUACUCGGCGUUAGCAGAGGUGAUGUGACAGCUCUCUAUAUUUGCGAUGAUCUCAAGGAAAUUGAUCAACCUCCAACCAAGAUCUACAUAGCUCUUGUGGGUGGGGGGCGGGAUAAGGAUAAAAAGUGUCACCUUUUCGAAGGACUAGCGUUGGCACCUGGAACAGAGAAGGAAACUUACAAGCGAGUGGGCUACUGGUCCGGGUCGGUCCGAUGUGAAGACAAGUAUACACCAGUUUUCCGUAGGGCAAUUUACUCACAUUUAGACAUUUCAGACCCGAAUGACGAAGACCUGGUGGGCGAUAGCGAAAGUGAAGAUGUUGAAUAUGCUAACUUCUUACACACAUAUUCAGACGAUUCAUACUCAGGUGACAAGGGCCUAGAUGACGGUAGCGAAAGUGAAUAUGUCUCGGCGACGGACGACGGAGAGUUCAUCAAUGACGGUGAGAAUGAAGACUCAACAUUAAGCUCAAGUGAAAGCACUUCGAGUCUUUGUGAGAUGAGACAAGGCCAGGGAUCUGCAUUCCUACGCCUCGAAGGGGCAAAGACAGAGACUCUAACUCUUAUCUGA